GCUCCUGUACAGUUAAACUGUCAACCCGUUCAGCAUGGCGUCCUCCGUAAGGGCAGCUACACGGUUUUGCUCUUUGUAUCUGCUAACGUCUUCGAGACACAAUGUCAGCAGUCUGUUUAGACUGUCCCGCCGACCUAGUUCCUCUCGACCGGUCAGGAGCAGUCUGUACGAGCACGUGCUGGAAGGUUACAGUCACAAACCCAAACUGGACAUGAGGAGUGUGUGCGAGGAGACGGAUGCGGUGAAGCAGGAGGUGGAGAAUCGGAAAGGAGAUCUGCGGGCAGCUGAUGUCGGACUUAUUAUCUCGGUAUGGAAGGAACUACAGAAGGUGCAACAAGAAAUAUCAGAUUUGGAGGCGAAAAAGGACAAGAUCAGCGUCAAAGUCCGCGCUCUUGUGGAUGAACACGACAAAUCUACUUUGGCCAGUCUUAAGGAGUACACGAGCGCUAAGGAAGAGGGUAGAGCGAUCAGAGAGAAACUGAGUCUGUUGUAUGUGCAAAAGGGUGAGCUGGAGAAAGAACAUUACUGCCGUGCCCUAAGGUUGCCCAACAGAACACAUCCAUGUGUGCCCGUCGGAGACGAGAGCCAGGCAAGGGUGGUUGAAUCGGUCGGUCAGAAACGAGAAUUUGAUUUCAAACCAAAAGGCCAUCUGCAAAUUGGAGAGAGUCUUGAUAUCAUAAGACAAAGACGGCUUGCCCAUGUGUCAGGGCACAGAUCAUACUAUUUGAUAGGUUUAGGGGCCAGGCUUCAGCUUGCCUUGCAGAAUUAUACCCUGGACCUGCUUCAGAAACGAGGCUUUAUUCCCAUGGUUGUUCCUGACAUUCUGAAAUCUGUGGUUUUUGAGGGUUGUGGGAUGCAGCCUAAUGCUCAUAGAUCACAGGUGUACUCUCUGGACCCUUCACGCUUUCCUGACCUUAAUCUUGCUGGUACUGGGGAAGUGGGAGUGGCAGGUUAUUUCAUGGAUCAUGCUGUGAAUCUGAAUGAUUUACCUGUCAGGACAGUCUGUAGUAGCACAUGCUAUCGAGCUGAAACAGAUACAGGAAGAGAGCCGUGGGGGCUCUACAGAGUUCACCAUUUUACCAAGGUUGAAAUGUUUGGUGUGACUUUGAAUGAGACGGGAGAGGAGAGUUCCCAAUUGUUGGAUGAAUUUGUCACGUUACAGAAGGAGAUUUUCUGUUCCCUAAAACUUCAUUACAGAGUCUUGGAUAUGCCCACUCAAGAAUUGGGGCCACCUGCCUUCCGGAAAUAUGAUAUUGAGGCAUGGAUGCCGGGACGUGGCAGCUUUGGAGAGAUUUCCAGUGCCUCAAACUGCACAGACUACCAGAGUCGGCGCCUUAACAUUCUCUAUGAGGGAAAUGAUAGAAACCUUAAGUAUGCACAUACGGUUAAUGCUACAGCGUGUGCUGUACCACGUACUGUCAUUGCGAUUUUGGAAACACACCAAACAAAGGAAGGGAAAGUCCUGGUUCCCGAAGUUUUGCAGCCCUACCUUGGAUUGGAAGUGAUAGAAAAACCUAAAUACACUCCAAUUAAAUAUAUAGGACCAAACCAACCCAAGCGUCAUAUCUCAUAAUAACUUUUUGAUAAUAUGUCAGACUCCAGGGAAGUACAGAGUUUGCUUUAUUCUCAAAGGUGAAUGCAAUGUAUAUAGGUAUUUGGCAUAACUAUCUAAUAAAAUAAAAUGUUUAAUUUCCAAACCCACAUUUAUGAUUUUUAAUAAAAUGGCAUCAGUAACAUCUCAGAAUUUGUUUCUGAAUUUUUGGUGUUCCUGUCUGUAUGUGAAUUAUCACUGCCAUAAGACAUCAGGAGCAAAAAAAAGUAAUACAGAUCAUAAUUUAAUUUCUUUCCCCUCCAUUUAUCAUGAAUGCUAAUUAUUUGAUCAAUCUACUCCUAAGUGUGCGGUGCUGCUUCCACACCUGUCAACAGUGAAAUUUAGGAUAGCCAUGGCAUAUAUCAGCAUGGAUAAUUUGAUCAUCAGGGAUGGGAAUCAAAUGGUAUUUAACAAUUUCUUGUUUUUAGUAUUUAGCAGUUACAAUUACUCAGUAUGUUAUUUAUUUCUUAGCAGUAAUGGUUCUUGUUAUAAUUUUAUUUGGGUAAGACAAUAGAGAUGCCUAUAAAUACAUUUCUUUAGACUGCUAUGCUGCAAAGAUCACAAACCGAGCAAACACACGAUGCAUUUAGCCAUAAGAUGAAAUGAAAUGGCUGAAUGUGAAGGGGAUAUCAGCAGCAUAUGCAGAUAAAAAUGAAAGAACAGAUCCGGACAUAGCAGUUGGACGAUUUAGUCUUAUGUUCUGUUCUCCAAUACUGCUUUUGGAGUUAAAAGGUAGAACAAUAUGACUUCAUGGUGCAGAAUAAACUUGUUAUUUUUACUUUCUUUCCGUACAAAAAGUAUGGUAGCUUCAUAAUAUUACGGUUGAACCAUGGCAGAUGGAACAUUCAGAUGAUGUCUUUCAUACUUUCUGCACCUUGAAAGUGCCAAGUUUGUUAGUUAAUGGGGUCACAAGCCUCUCAGUUUUUAUUUUUAAAAAAUUGUGUUCCAAAGAUGAACAAAGCAUUCACAAGUUUGUAACGACUGAGAGGAAGAGAUUAAUGAUGUUAAUAAAAUUCUUCACCUCUGGCUUCUUUCAA